AUGCACGGCAGACAAAGCACGUCAGCGACUCUGGGACACACUAAGAAGCUGGUGACAGAUCCGGCGAGAGGCAUGACCACGCUGCCCUGUGCCUGCGCCUCGCGGAGGGCUCCGGGACGCUGUUGUUUCUGCUCACCUCUGGAAUGCCGGUCCUGUUCUCACUGGUACCGCCUGCAUUCAAACACCUCAGGUUUAAUCGUCUGUGCUGCACGAGGGUGGGGUCACACGUCUCUUCAUGGAGCUCUACAGGAGCUCCACAGGAGCUCACCUCCUCUCAGGGAGCUCCACAGGAGCUCACCUCCUCUCAGGGGCUCCACAGGAGCUCACCUCCUCUCAGGGAGCUCCACAGGAGCUCCACAGGAGCUCACCUCCUCUCAAGGAGCUCUACAGGAGCUCACCUCCUCUCAAGGAGCUCUACAGGAGCUCACCUCCUCUCAAGGAGCUCCACAGGAGCUCACCUCCUCUCAGGGAGCUCCACAGGAGCUCCACAGGAGCUCACCUCCUCUCAAGGAGCUCUACAGGAGCUCACCUCCUCUCAAGGAGCUCUACAGGAGCUCACCUCCUCUCAAGGAGCUCUACAGGAGCUCACCUCCUCUCAAGGAGCUCCACAGGAGCUCACCUCCUCUCAGGGAGCUCCACAGGAGCUCACCUCCUCUCAGGGAGCUCCACAAAAGCUCACCUCCUCUCAAGGAGCUCUACAGGAGCUCACCUCCUCUCAAGGAGCUCUACAGGAGCUCACCUCCUCUCAGGGAGCUCUACAGGAGCUCACCUCCUCUCAAGGAGCUCCACAGGAGCUCACCUCCUCUCAGGGAGCUCCACAGGAGCUCACCUCCUCUCAAAGAGCUCUACAGGAGCUCACCUCCCCUCAGGGAGCUCCACAGGAGCUUACCCAAAGGAGUCAAGGAGUAA